AUCAUAGCUAAGGAACAAGAAUAAUAAAUCUCCCGGAGUCUUAAAAUGGCCUCUGUGGAGAUUAGUCGGGUUUCUGUAACAAAACAACAGGAGGAAAAGGAAAUCUUUCACAUUCGUUUUUAUUACAUCAAAUCAGAAGAUUCAGUGAAUGCUUAUGUUGUGGAUCAAUUACCAGAACACAUCAUAAGUGUAUGCAACAUACAAUUGUCAAAAGAUUCUGAAAACGCCUACGGAGAAUACAAUUUGACAAGCAAACAAGCCUUUGAGACAAAAAGGCCUGAAUGUAUUGAAGAGGACGUCCGUAAAACGUGGUUUUCAAACAAACCAUUAACAGAACAGAUGGCGUGGAUGGUAAUAUCCAGAAAGAAACGAUCUUAUCCUGAUUUUUCGAAGUCUGCUCAAGAGAUCUCCUUUUCUGGGGUGAAGGUGAUUGGUGGAAGCAUGACGUCACCUGUUACAUUUGUUUGUCAUUGGGAACUAGCUAAAUUAAUUGAUGAGUUGAAAGUUUCAUUUCAAUUUGAAACGAAGAGAAUGAUAAUUGCCAAAGAAUGUAAAUUGGAAACGGGAAACGGUACCGGUUUUACUCUUGAAUCAUCAUUCGAUUCACUUCACGAAAAUAUCAUUGUUCAUAAAACAGAUAGAACUCUUGUUAUCUUAUUGAAUAUGAAAUGGAAUCCAAAAAUUUACAAAAACAAUGGCAAAACUAAGAAAUUGGACCGCGGAACUGCACAAGACACCGGAUUUGACAAUGUCGGGUGUUUAAGUACAUACUGUCUUCAAUUUGAUGUAGACAACGAGGAACUGCAUUCUGAAAUAGAAUUGUUCUUAACGCGUUUGAUCUGCUGUGGAUUUCAUAUUACUUAUGCAGAAUUGCAGACAAAACUUCCUGAACCUUAUUUCGACAUAUCGCUCCCAAAUAAAUUCGACUUAGAAUAUGCUUGGAAAUGUGUUCAUUCAUUAGGGUCUAAAGUAGUUGAUCACCUCACAUAUGAAGUGAAGAAUCAAAUUGAAUGCUUGUCGCAGAAAACCGAAUUGUUGACGCAGUUACUUCAUAACUUGGCAGUAAAGGUAAUCGAGAAACCAUUUUUCAAUUUCAAAGAUGAGCUCGAUUUGUUAAUGGCAAAAUCUCCAAUUACUGUUGAGAAUGAGGUACCUUCUCACUUUUAUAUGGUAGGUCGAAUGAUUCUAACUCCCACCAAGACAGUGUUCCUACCGAAAGAACCAGUGUUUCAGAACAGAAUACUACGUGAAUAUGGCCCAGAUUUUUUCAUAAGAGUUGUGUACCGGGACGAAGACUUUGACAAAAUGAAUACCGUACAGUCCUGUUUGCUGGAUGAUGUAUUGAAAAUAAUGAAGCAAUUCCUUAAAGACGGUUUUAGAAUUGGAAAUCGUCAUUAUGAAUUCCUUGGGUGUUCAAAUAGUCAACUUAGGGAGCACAGUUUUUGGUUUUUUCAUCCCCAUGAUGACAUUACAUCAGAGAGCAUCCGUAAUAAUUCAGGAGAAUUUUCAAAGGAUAGAUGUGUAGCAUCUUACGUAUCUCGGUUUGGUCUUUGCUUUUCAUCAACGCGAAGAACAGUGGACGUAGAUGAGAAUUGUUUGAUAUACGAUGACGAUGUGAAAAAAGAUGAAUAUUGCUUUACCGAUGGUAUUGGACGCAUAUCAACAAAACUUGCUAAAAAGGUUGCAGCUGAGCUGCAUAUAAGCCCUAUACCCUCUGCGUUUCAAAUAAGGUUUGGUGGCUGUAAGGGGGUGGUAGCACAGGAUCCAACCCUCGGGGAUGACGCUGAUGUUCUUGUUAUUAGAAAAAGCAUGAUAAAAUUUGAAUCGAAGUCUAACAAUUUGGAAAUAUUGGGUGAAACAAGACCAGGAAGGCUGCACCUUAACAGACAAGUAAUAACUCUGCUCUCCGGAUUGGGAAUUCCAGACGAAGUGUUUCUGGGUCUUCAAGAGAAAAUGCUUCUUGAUAUAGCAGAUAUGCUUUUGUAUGACAAAGUAGCACUAUUAGCCCUAUCAGAAUCUACAGGUAUUACGGAUUUUAAAACCAUUCUGGGCGAGCAAAUUUCGUUUAUUCAGGAACCAUUCUUUCGAUCACUUCUGCACCUGAUUUAUCGUUACAAAUUGACAAAUCUCAUGAAACGUACUAGGAUACAAAUUCCUGUAGACAAAGGGCGUAUAAUGAUGGGUACAACUGAUGAGACAAAAACACUUAAUCCGGGUCAAGUUUUUAUCCAAUACUCGAAACAAACACAAAAACCUGGUAAAUAUACUAUUAUACACGAAGGACCUGUGGUUGUGACAAAAAAUCCUUGUUUUCACGAGGGUGAUAUCCGAGUUUUUCAUGCUAUAAAUGAACCAAGACUUCGGCACAUGGUAGACUCCAUUGUUUUUCCUCAAAAGGGUCUCCGUCCACAUCCUGAUGAAAUGUCGGGAUCAGAUCUUGAUGGGGAUAUGUACUUUGUAUGUUGGGAUCAAGAUCUUUGUAAAUUUCAAAACCAGAGACCAAUGGAUUUUCCAAAAGCAGAGAAAAAACAGCUCCCAAGAGAAGUGAGUUCUCAUGAUAUUAUCGAUUUCUUGGCAGAUUAUAUCCGGUAUGAUAAACUUGGUUUGAUCGCAAAUGCACAUCUUGUCCAUGCAGAUAGCAACGAGAAUGGUAUUUUUUCAGAAGAAUGUCACAGGCUUGCCAAAAUGCAUUCCGAUGCUGUUGAUUUUCCUAAAACUGGAAAAAAUCCUGAAAUCGACGGUGAUCUACGUCCCAAAUCAUAUCCAGACUUUAUGAUGAAAAACGAUAAACAAAUGUAUUCUUCUACCAAAAUUAUCGGUAAAUUGUUUAGACAAUGUAAAUCAUUUAUUCGACUGCAAAAUCAAUCUAGACGGAAAACAUUUGUAAAUUAUGACUUUAUUUUACCAUCCAUUGAAAACAGAAUGAUCGAAGAUGCCAAGCGUGAAAGGGAACAAUAUGUUAAAAAGGUUGACACAUUGUUGGAUUUGUAUGGUAUCGAAAGCGAAAACGAAGCCAUCACAGGUCUUAUUAUGAGCGUCAAGUCAGUUACAGGGCGUUUGAAAGACGAAAAAUUUCAGGUUGGACAAAUCGUUAAAGAAAAGAUGUGCAUGAUACAAAACAGUACACGUGAAAUUUUUUUCGAAGAAUUUGGGGGAGAGACGAAUGUAGUCAAAGACGAUCAGCGGGUUAUACAUAAAGCAUCUGCAUGGUACAAAGUUACUUAUGAGAAUGAAAAUAAGGCCAUUCGUCAGAUUUUGAGUUUUCCAUGGGUUGUUGUCGAUGUUUUAGCGCUAAUAAAGAAAAAAUCUACUCAUGAAUCUUAUUCAAGCAGGAUUACAGAUUCUCUGAAUAGGUUGUAUGAUACUUCAAAAGCGGAAAACGAAGAUAAAGUCUACUUCCUACAACUGUUGCAAGUGAAUGUUAAAACUUUGCUGGGAAAUGUUUUGUAUAAUAAUGCUGAUUUAAAGCCAAUAGGUCUAGGGUUUUGUGGGAUAUUGAAAAACCAUGCAAGUCUUCUCUUAAGUACAUCAGAAAUUCAACUUGAGAUCAUUACCAAAGCAAUGACAGAACAUGGCAUAGUGAGAAUCGAAAAUAAAUUUCAAAGUCAAAUUCUGUGUUAUCGUGUGAUGAGCGACGAAAACGGGUCGGUGGGCUUUGUCACUGACAGCAGAAUCAUCAAUCUUAGCAAAACUAUGGAACAAUAUCUGUCUAAAAGGUUCGAAUUAAAACCAAUUGUUCAAUUUUUGCUGGAUAUAUUGCAAGACACGUUUCCAAAGGACACGUGUAGCUAUAUUUUUUCCGAUCUUAUUAUAGCCGUUAUUGUUUAUCACGGACAAUCAUUUUGCCAAAACUCAAAAAGUAUCCUUCUCGGAGUUUUGAGACAUUUCAUAAACUGCUUUAGAUCUUGGAACUUGAGUCAUUUUUCAACUCUGAGAGAGGGAUGGGAUGCACUAUGUAUUGCUUCUAAUACUUUGUCUAAAAUCUCAGAAAAAAUGAUGUUAAUAUAUCAGAAGAUUGCAGUUGAACAAUGUGAAGGAAUAGUUUUCUUUUCCCAAGCUGUACAACGUGUUGGAGAUGGGGAUAAAGAUGUUUUUUAUUGUCAUGAAGUUUUCAACAUGGCUCCAAGCAUGUUUGGAUUUAUAAAGUUUGCUGAAACAUAUAUUAAACAUCAGUUUAAAAAAAGAACCGGCGCUGACGUUGCAUUCACGCAAUUAAAUCCAAUCCAACUUGAGGCAUUUGGAACUGACACGCAGCUUUGUAGAGUUGAGAAUAUUGUUGAACAAUUUUCAAAGACGUCUAGUGCAGUGUUGUCGGGAGCAGAAAGGGGACAUAUAAUUGUAGAAAAUGCUUAUUCUGCUUUUUUUCAGGGAGGUUACGGUGAUAGCCGGAUAUCCUUUGAAAUAUAUAAUGGAAUUUAUCAGGAAAGACAUAAAAAACGUCAUAGAUAUAUACCGAAAUUGAAGCGAACUGGUACAUGUAUAGAUGGAAAUUUCAAUGAUGCUUUUACUGAAAAAUUCAUUCAACAAUGGAAGGUUUUAAAUAAUGAAUACAAUAAUAUUUUCCAUGGGGAUAUUUGUAUGAGCAUUUCGCUUGGAACAUUUUAUGUUAUGAAUAUUCAAGGAAGAAAAUCGUUGGAUGUUACGGAGUUCAAUAAGCUACUUACAACAGUUGAAGAAAGAAAGCCACAACCAAACAACACUAAACGAUCCAACGUCCAUAUACCUUAUAUAUUUUCAUUUCAGCCAGUUUCUUAUGCCAACAAAAACAUUCGGAGUAUUCUUGAAAGACUUGGAUUUAGCUCUAAUGAUGAGAGGAGAAAGACAGUUACGGUAAAAUUUAAAGAAACAAAUCCAGUCGUGUGUAAAUUCCUGGAAAAUGGCGAUUUUAUUUGCAUGGAAUUACCAGAUAUCAAAUGGUUAAUGGCAAACGUUAUCCCUACAGCUCCUCGCGGUUUAACUCAGUUUACACACAUAAGAUACAAAUUGCAGACUUUGCGAAAAAUCGACAGAGACUUUGCCAGCAGACUAGAAGGCUACAAAAUACUCGGAAAAAAAAGAAAAUUCUUAACGAUUACUGAAGAUGGAUAUCUCUUUGACGAAUCAUUGAUGAAGUCUAAAAUAGUUUCUUUCGCGAAAGAUAAAGAAAUAGAGACAUAUUGCUCUUGUGAUAACAAUACGUGUAAAGUAGAGGUCGCAACAGUAAGAGAGUUAGAACUAAUCCCUCAAACAAUGGAGCUGGUACCAAAGACUGAUCCCAGAACAGAGGUGACAAUUUUCCCGAGAAUACCGAGUUUAAAAGCAUCAGAAGACGAAUUAAAAGCGUAUGCAAGAGAUAUCUUGGAAACAGGUUUGAAGUUAGCGACCGAGCUUGAAAAGUCCAUCAGUUCUGCUGAAUCUUAGUGAACUGUUUUAUUUUUAAUUGGUGGCCAAAAAAAGAAGGUAAAUUGUAGCCCAUAGGACUAGGCUGUAUUUUUGCAUAAACGUAUUUAAAAGAAUUUGAGCGAGUUCUUAAGUAUUUGUAAAAACAAUAUGCAUCGUUUUUAGUUCUAAAAUUUUCAGUUCUGUUUAUUGCAAAACGUGUUAACCUUUUAACGAGGCCGAGUACAGAACGAGUACGCACGCUUUCGCGCAGCGUUUCAUUUGUAUUGUGACGUCAUCUUUUUGCUUUGUUGACGCCAUGGUGUGAUAGUUUCAACUGCAGAUAUUCAGCGAAAUUUGUUGAAAAUAGCUCGUUUGAUGCGUAAAAUUGAUAUUAGAUUGUGGAAUAAACAUAAAUGUC